CAGACUUCUAUGGGGGGCGGGGCGGCAUGGGGGGAAGGGAAGAAGAAGAGGCUGGCCACAGAACCCCGCUCCAGCCCCCAGACACUGACAUCCCCUUCCACUCCCCCCUGCACCCUUCCCCCCGUUUUCUUCUAGCAGCAGAAGCCCCAGCCAUGUGCGAGGGACCUUCCAAGAUCUCGGGCCCCAUCCCUCCUGAUCCCACCCUGUUCCCCAACUACUAUAAGCGCCCGGGCACACCCCGUAGCCUUGAAGGAAGUGCUCGGAAGCUAAGCCUGGAGCCUCCCUGGCAACCAGGUGCCCCCCUGGACCAGCCUGCUCCUCGAAUUCACCCCGGAUCCCAGCAGAGCCUGGUGGGAGUUCUGCUGCAGCUCCAGGAGGUUUCCUUGGGCAGCGAGCCCUUGCCCAAGAGGAAGGACCUAAAAAACCACGAGAAGGAGAACGUGAGGCGGAUCCGGGAGAUCCAGAAGCGGUGCCAGGAGCAGGAGCGGGGACAAGACCACGGCCGGCCGAAGCCGCUCAAGGCCCUGUGGCGCUCGCCCAAGUAUGACAAAGUGGAGUCCCGGCUGAAGGCCAAGCUGCAGGAGCCAUCCCCUGCCUCUGUGCCAGAGCUUCCGGCUUUCCUGCGGGCUUAUUCCCGCUGUGGGCCUGGGGUGCAGCCUCGUCGUGGGGCUUCCGCAGGCCUGGCUUCGCCCAGCACUGAUGGUUCCCAGCCUCCGGGCCCUGAUGCCAAGGGCCAGGGUCCGGCGGUGGACUUCAUCACCCACAAUGCUCGGACAGCCAAGGUCGCGCCUCGGCGGCGGUCACGCUCCCUGCAGUGUCUGGCUGAGGUACGGGAGCAGCAGCGGCGGGCCCAGGAGGAAUACAACACCAGGCAGAAGGGCCACGUGCCCCACUAUCUGGUGGAACGGAAAGAUCUGUGGCGCCGGGAAGCUGAGGAGCGUCAGCGAAACCAGCCCGACCCCGAGAUACCCGCAGGCCAUACCAUGAUGCCCGAGAGCCAGCGCCUCAGCACCCUGAACUCCCUUCUCCAGAAACAAGAAGAACUGCUUAAGGAGCUGGUGCUGUUGCCUUCUGGAGCCGACUCCCUUCGAGCCCAGAACCACAAGGCCGAGCUAGAGAAGAAGCUUUCCCAGGUGGAGGAGGCCCUCAAGAUCUUCUCCCGACCCAAAGUCUUCGUCAAGAUGGACUCCUGAGCUCUUCCCCUCUGGCCCACAGGAAGGCCACUGGAAACCCCUCUGCCCCUUCCGAGGAGAGGAGUGGCUUGAGGGGUCCUGAAAGGGAAGGUUCUCGUACUUGUGACCCAAGUGUACUGUGGUAACCCCCUGAACCCCUCCCCAAGGGCAGCAGAAGGAACAAGCCCAGGGAGCCGCCGUCAAGAAUAUUUUUCUGUUUUUAAAUUAAACCUUUUUUUUACAUGA